CGAAGUUAUGUCGAAGCGCGAAGUUAUGUCGAAGCCCUCGAGCAUCCGCGGCCUGGUCCUGACUGUCGCCUUUGGCUACGGGCUGCCAGAGUACCGCACGUUUGUGCUGAGCCUGCGGCGCCACUACAAGGGAGAGACCAUCAUCAUCUCAGACGCCGGCGCGGCGUCCGAGGCCAGCCAGCUGUGCGUGGCGCACAACGUGACAAUGUUGCAUGUGGACAUGGCACCCAAGCUGUUUCGUCACACGCGCUUCAGCCGCUUCGCCGAGCUCUGCCACCUGCCGGAGCACUACUGCCUCUCGAUCGACUUUCGCGACUCCUUCUUCCAGGCGGACCCCUUCUCAAACAUCGACCUCCUCGGCGGCCGCACGGAGAGAGGCAUGCCCCCGGACCUCCUCCUCUCGCAGGAGGGGGUCGCGACGUGGCCUCACUCGGGAUACACGCUCGGCGAGCGGUGGAUGCAAAAGAGUUGGGUGGAGCAGUGCUUCGGCAAGGAGACGGCGGCGGCGAUGCAGGCGUGGCCGACCAUCUGCUCGGGCGCAGUCUUCGGCACGGCCGCCGGCUUUGCCGCCUUCGCCUCCGCGUACAGCGCCCUCGGCCAGCUCCCGCAUGCGUGCGACUUCCAGGACCAGGCGCGGGCGAGAACUCACUCGAGAUCAGCCGAGAUCAAGAGAUCGCCCGAGAUCACCAGAGCGGUGCUCAACUACCUCGUCUUCAGGCGGCUGCUCCACGCCUCGAUGAGGGUGCAGCCGCGCGGCGCCGGAGUCGUUCACACCAUGGCGCCCUACUGCGGCGUGACGAUGUUUGUCAAGCGAGGAGGCGCGCGGCCCUACUAUUGUCGCGAGCCGCGGCCGUUGCCGCUCAGCGCAGCCGGCCUGGUGGUCAACGACGACGGCGCGGUCGCCCCGGUGGUGCACCAGUACGAUCGCGUGCUCAACCGCUCCACCAGCAUGAGCGCCGUAUUUGAGGCUGUGCGCCACAUAGAGCUGCAGAGCACAUCCCCGUCGCGGCCCAACCGCGGCCGAGGGCGGGGGGCGGGCCACAGAAGGUUGGGCAAGUCGCGUCCCUCCUGAGCCCGCGCUGCCCGCGGGCGCGGCCUCUCGCUGUUGUGCACUUCUACGCGCGGGGCGUCUGUGACCGUGGCUUUUCUCCCAUUCUUUUGUAGUCACUGAGAGUUAGCUUGAAAGCUAGUCGAAAUUCGGGACGAAUAAGA